GGCUUCUCAGUGACAGAGAGAUCGGCAAACACAAGCUGCGAAGGAAAUCACAAAAGACUCGGGGUGAGCUGGUGGAACGCUGCUUGGAAUAGUCCCCAGUGGCUUUUCCCCCAGGGGUGCAGUGAGACCAUGGCAGUGCCCUCAGCCCAUGAGUUCCAUUGGCAGAACCUCGCACCCCUCCCCAGUGGUCGCGUAUACCACACACUGGCAGAGGUCGGGGAUCAGAUGUACAUCCUGGGGGGUUGUGAUGUCGCAGGGAGGCCCUGCCCUGCCCUUGAACUGUACUCUCCUGAGGGAGACCAGUGGGUUAGCUUGCCCCCAAUGCCAACCCCUCGUGCUGGGGCAGCUGUGGUGGUGCUUGGGAAGCAAAUCCUGGUGGUGGGGGGAGUCGGAGAGGACCAGAGCCCCCUGAAGGUGGUGGAGGUGUACAACACAGAGGAAGGGAAGUGGAGGAAGAGAAGUGCCCUCCGAGAGGCUCUCAUGGGUGUCACCAUCACAGUGAAAGACAGCAGAGCCUUGGCAGUCGGGGGAAUGGGGGCUGACUUAUUUCCUCGAAGUAUCCUACAACAGUAUGACUUGAGAAAGGACGUGUGGGCGCAGCUGCCCCCUAUGCCAACCCCUCGGUACGACGCCACUGCGCAUCUCUUGGGGAAUAAAAUCUAUGUUGCAGGUGGGCGCCAGUGUAAGCGGGUGGUGAAGUCUUUUGAGGUGUACGACUCGGAGGCUCGUCUCUGGAGUACACUUCCCAUGAUGCCGUGUAAGCGUUCGUACGGGGGUGUCUUGUGGGACAGCGCUGGGAGGCUGUGUCUGCUAGGCGGGCUGCGCCAGGGAGGGGGACACCAGAGCUCAAAGUUCACCAAGAAUGUCAACAUUUUUGACACCAGCCAAGGAGUGUGGCUGAAGUCGGAGGAGACUAACAGAUAUCUUUACUCUCUCUCCAUUUCUCAGGUACCCAGCCCUGCCAAUGAGAUUCUCUAUGUGAAGGAGGAGGAGUACCUGUAG